AUGGCAAAAAUUAUUGAUAAUUAUAUACUUUUAGAGCACAUAUGUCAAGGUACCUUUGGAGAAAUUCAUAAAGGAAGAAACUUAAUUUCCAAAGAAGCUGUUGCUGUCAAAACUAUCUAACUUGAAUAAUUUUUGAAUGAUUCAGUUUUGAGAGACAUGAUAAUUAAUGAAAUAUAAGCUCUCAAAAAGCUAGAAGAUCCCAACAUUAUUCGUAUGAUUAAAAUGCUUAAAUCAUCUAACAAUAUUUACCUAAUUUACGAGUUUUUGCAGGGCAGAAAUUUAAAAAAGCUUUUAAAUGAACGUCACCAUCUUAGCGAAAUGGAGGCAGUUCAAAUAUUUUAGCAGAUAUGUAAAGGCUUCCAAAGAUUGUAGGCUGAAAAAAUAAUUAAGAAAAAUUUGAAUUCACAUAAUGUUCAUAUUAUAGAGCAUCAAAGUGAAAAUUAAUAAAUAAGCUAUGAAGUUAAACUGAAGCACUUCUUUAUUUGUAAAAGUUCAUCUUCUAAUAGUUCUUCAUCAAGGAAAUUUGAAUAAUUUCUAAAUGAGAAAUUCCAUUAUGUGGCACCAGAGCUGCUUGUGAAUUCUUAGGCAGAUUCGACUGUUUGUGAUAUUUUUAGUGCAGGAGUUGUUCUUUACGAAAUGUUGCUUGGUUCUUUGCCUUUUGAAAAAUAUGCUAACAAUAAGGAAGAUUUGACAGAAUUUUAUUCAAAUAAUGACAUUCAAGAUGUAAUCGCUUAAGAUAUUUCUCACCUUUCAGAGCGUAUUCAAUUACUUUUGAAUAGAAUGCUUGUAGUUGAAUAGGAUGAAAGGAUAACAUGGGAAGAAAUAUUUGAAAUUGUAGCACAAAUGGGUGAUUAAAAAGCUUUAAAUAGCAAAAAUAUACAGUCAAACUAAUCUAAAUUAGGCGAGCAAAGUCCUCACUAGCUUGGAAUAUCUCCCCGCAAACAUGUUUCUAUGAACAACGCCUAGCUAUCAAGCUUAAAUAAUUAAAAUAUAAAUUAGUUUAAAAGCGAUUUAGAGGAAGGCGAUUUAAAAAAAUAUAGUUAAGGGAAGCUUUCAGGACAGAAGCAAGUUUCCUAAAAGAAUAACCCACAAAACAGCAGCAAUACUAACAAUAAUGACUCAGAUUAAGAAGAUGCAACUGAAGAUGAAAUCAGAGGUUCUUAGAAUGGAUAAGGAAAUCAAAAAAGCAAUAAAAAGUCUAAAUCAAAUGUGGCAGUUAAUAACAAUCCAUUAAACUAAAUUGUUACAGGAACAAUUAAUCUCAAUAACAAUUAAAACUCAUAAAAAGCAAAGUUUAGGAAUAACUCAGAAAUGACUCAGUAAUUGUAAGAAACACCUAAUUCUCCUCCUAUUGCGACUGUUAAUUUGACUUACAAUAAAUCCUAACAAAAUAUAAAUGCUUAGUCAAAUAAUUAAAAAGAGAUAGCAUAGCCAGUUAACCCAUUUUAUGCAUCUGUUAACUCUAAAAUUAACAAAGAAAAUUCAUAAUAUAAAAUAAAUGAAUUUUCCAGCAGCAUGAUGUAAAAUAACAAAAGAGAAAAUUCGACAGACCCACAAAUUAACCAGAGAUAAAGUUAGUAAAGUUUAAGUGCUUUAAAUGGUAAUAUUAGCAACAAUGUGAAUAACAGUGGAAGUAAAAUUAAUAAAGAAGCAAUAAAUUUAAUUUUAGAAGAAAUCAUGGAUAAAAGAAGUAAAAUAUAAGUCAUAUUGGGAGCUCUUGAUAACUGCAUGGAGUAAGAUGAAUGGAAUGUUAAUACUCUAAAUGCUUAUUCCUGUGGUUUUAUAUUGCUCAAAAAGGCUUGUGGUUUAAGUGAAUACUUAAUGCAAAUAUUUGAAAAUCCUCAAUAAGUAUUAAGUCACCUUAAUUUAUCUGAAUCAUAAUUUUAAGCAUGGAAUUUAAGCUAAAAAAAAUAACAAAUAAAGCUUAAUAUUAUGAGAGAAAAUUUAGAGUUAAAAAACAACCUAAUGAAAUUUUAAGAUGAUUUCUCAGAGAACAUUCAAAUUUAUGUAAACAACACAAACAUCUAUAGCUCAAAAAGAGGAGGAGAUGAAAUAGAUAAUGAUGAAGUAUUAAAUACAAUUCUCUUUGAGACAUCAAAAGAAAUGUCAGCAAUUUCAGCUCAAACUAAAAACCGUAAAAGUCUAGUUUUAGCUCAUUAUCUAGCCGAUAUAGCCUGUAUAGAUAUAAUGUAUAAUAAAUUCCUUGGUAAAAAAAGACUUGACGUUCUAAACCACCCAUACUUUAAGAAAUUAAGCGAAAUUUCAAGAGAAAAGCUUUAAGAAAAUCUAGAUAAUAAAUUUAAGUUAUACGAAUACCAUAGAGCUUGCUCAGAUAAUUGA